AUCUCUUCCAGGCGGGACCCUCCUCUAAAGGGGAGGACACACACACUUCCUGCACAUGUUUGCCUCCUCCUCCUGUAUGAAUAGUGUGGCUGUGAGCAGGAGAACAGUCAGGGAACAUUCAGCAGUACAGGCUGCCUUGCUCAGCUGCAUGCUCAUAACAAAACGCUUUCUGGGGCCAAGAGGGCAGCAGGCCAUGCAUGAACACUCAGACAGACAAGGGGAGAUAAUGGUGCCCAGCUACUCUUAGGAACCGCAGACAGUUUAGCUGGAAACAGAGAGCUCUGAGAUUUGUGUUUGCUUGCUCUGAGAUAGCUUCCAAGUUCUCGAUUCAUCUCAACCCAAUUUUACUUCUUCUGUCUCCUCUAAACAUGGGGUGCUCCUCAUCCAGUGCACAGACUGUCGAUCAAGAGAAGAGACCGGGCACGAAGCCCGAGGAGAGCAAUGGAGACACACUGGCAGUCAGAAACGGCAUCAUCACAGAAGAUGCACAGACCAUCGAAGACCAGAUGCAGCUGCCUGUGCAGACUGCCUUACCAGGUGACCUUCAGCCCGCUAUCGAUGAAGAGGCGGAAGCUGUGCUAGUGGCCCUGGAGGCCCAGGAGGAUCUCGGCUCAGGGGAGGACUUGUUAGCUGCUCCUGAGCCAGAGCCACAGUCUGCUGCUCCUGAAGAGCCAGCUCCGGACGCCACAGCUCCUGCUCCAGCAGAAGACUCUGCCGAGCCUGUAGCUGAUGUAGCGGUAGUGGAGGCGCCGCCUCCUGAAGAGGAAGCGGCCCCUGUAGAAACUGUAGUGGCUGAGGCCGCUCCUGAGGUUGAAGUCCCCGUUGAGGCUGCAGAGGAGGCUCCUGCAGUUGAGUCUGUUGAAACUGUGCAGGUGGAGGCCCCUGUAGCUGUGCCAGCUGUUGAACCUGUUGUAUCUGAGCCAGCAGCUGAGAUCCCAGCUGAGACCCAAGCUGAGACCCCAGCAGUAGUGGAAGAGGCUGUAGUUGAGGCUGCAGAAGCCCCUGCUAAAAUAGUAGAAGAAGAGGUCGUAGCUGAGGUUGCCGAGGCUCCUACUGUAGUGGCUGCUGAAGCCCCAGCUGAAGUGGCAGCAGAGGCUCCACCGGACACCAUCUCAGCAAUACCAGAUGAAACCCCAGUGAAGGCGCCAAACGAUUCGUCGGCACCAGUUGAAGUUGUAGCUGUAGAUAGUGAAGGUUCAGCACCAAUUGAGGUUUCAGUGCCCUCAGUGCCUGCAGAAGCUGCAGAGCCAGUAAUAGUCACAGAGAUUGCUAAAGCCACUGUCCCAGAGAUGCCUUCAUUAUCUCCUGUCACCGCCGAGGGCCAAGUUGAACCUCAGGCCGCUGCUGACGAAGCAACAGAACCUCCCCCCGUUGCUGCUGAGACUGUCGCCCCAGCAGAGGCACCCUGCCCCACAGAGGUGACCCCUGUUUCAGCUCCAGAACCUGAACCUGCUCCUGCUGCUGCUGCUGCUGCUGCUCCUGCUCCUGCUGCUGCUGCUGCUCCUGCUCCUGCUCCUGCUCCUGCUGCUGAGCCGGUCCAGAACGCAGAGGUUCCAGUUCCUGCAGAAGUCGUCUCAGAAGUAGCGCCAGAAGCUCAACCUGCAACUGUGACUUCAGAGGCUGCUGCAGACAGUGCAGCCCCAGCAGAAGCUCUCGUGGCUGAGCCCACCCCAGCAGAAUCUGAAGCCCCAUCAGCGCCCGCCCCUGCUGCCGGUCCAGCUCCUGAACCUUCACCAGAUGCGGCGACUGCAAACGAGGCCCCUCAGGAUACGGACAGUGACAAAGCCAGAAAGGAGGACUGAGCUGGGAGAAUAGAUUCACCAAAUUAACAAAACCACCAAAGCUACCACUGAAAGACAACUGGAAGAUAAAACGAUGAAGCAAACAUUAAAUCUAGGACUCACCAAACUGUACCCCAGAUACAUUAAUAUCACAUCUCUGUGCCUUAAUAACCUUUCUUUUUUUUAGGAGAGAUUAGGAUGUUUCUUACAUUUGUACAUAAACUCUUACAGAGACGGAAGAGUAGACUUUCUUUUGGGACACCAAGUGCCUGGAGCCACAUACUCCACAUGUUGGCCUUUAUGCUGAAGACACUUAGGACAGGUAACACGUGAUGAGAGGUUGCUUUGUUGUAGAGUUUAACUCUUCAAAGACUGGAGUGAUGGUGUAUGGAAAUGUAUGGAAGGAUGUUAUAUAUAUAGAGAGAAGUAGCUACUUCUGAGGAAAACAAGCCAAAUAUGUGAAUAAAAUCAUGCAAAGAGCUCCAAGUGAUCGGAAUAGGGAAUUGUUAAGGGCAAAUAACACACUGACUAAUUGUUUCAUCUACAGGUCUUGAAAGACCAUGUUUUUACGCUGUGAAUUUUAAGUUUUUGGAAACAACAUCUUCUUUAUUUGUAAUUUACAUUUUAUUAAAUCAGAGCCUUUUUUAAGGCUCAUUUAAUGAAAGGAAAAGGACGGUACUAAGCGCUGAAUAACACAGCACGCAGUGUAAUACUGGUAAACACUACUGCAGGGCAAAUUGAUGCUUCCUUUAAAAAAAAUACUCUUGAUAUUAUUUCACUGGUUUACAUGGGGGGAAUUUAAAAAAAAAAGUAAUUAAAACAUUAGUCAUGAAGAAAUGCAUCGUUGCAGUUACCUGUGUGUAAAGGUGUUUCAGCUACAAAUGUAAAACACUGAUGUCAUACACUAGUCCGUUUUAGUUUGAGUGCAUUACAUUCGUGUGUAGCUCAGUAAGCGGUAACCUAGUGGACAUGACAUUUAACUUCACUCUACAAGCUACGGCACGUUAAUAAAUGUGGAGCAAAAUUCUUUUAUUGCAUAAGAUGUGACGGAUGGUGUGGGCACCAUUUUCUUUCUUUUUUAAUUAUUCUUUCAUCUGUUUCUUUAUCUGUAUUCUCCUGAAAUUUGUCUGAGAUUCUGCUAAUCUUUUAGUGUACAGAAUAAAGUUUUACUCACUAAUA